UAUGGAAGGCGCUGUUCAUCAGGAAACGUUAGAACAAACAACGCCAACAUUUUUGUUAUCUUACAUAUCUGCAGGUGUUGAUAUUCUUCAAAACUAUGGAUGUUAUAUCCUUGGUGCAAGUUUAUUGUGCCUGUAUGCAUGGAGCAAAAUCAAACCCCACGUGUAUAAAUGGUUGAAAGACAGGGAAGACAGGCAGUCUGCUGCUAAGUACCACAAGAGACAGGACGCUAUCGAGACUGCCCGACGUCGCCUGGAGGAGAAAUAUGCGGCAGAAGCUGCAAAGGCUGCAGAGAAGAGGAAAGAGUUAGAAGAGAAAAAAAGACAAGAAUGGUUGGGACGACAGGAAGGAACAUCGCAUCCAGGUCACCAUCUAAAUGAGAGACCGGAUCAAGAUUCCCAUAAUAAUGGGACUGAUGAAAAUGCCAGCAGGAAGAAGCCAACAGGAGUAAGAUCAGAUUAUAAUCCUCUAAUGGGCUGUGGAUCCAGAGACUAUCGCCCACCAAGACGUUCAUGCUGUCCUUCUGGUGGUUGA